AGAGUCGCCGGGGGAAGAGAAGGCACUAAUCAAUUGGGACCAGUAGCGCACAGAGCAGCGCACUGACACGCACCAGCCAGACGCCUGCUUCUUUCCACACACUCCAGAGAACUUUAGAAACCUUUUUAGAGAUGUUUAUUCAGGAUGAUUUGUGUGGGUCCAGCAUGCGCGUUUCCUCCUAAACUGUUCCUUUCUGUGUGCUGACCGAGACCGACCCAAAAGUUGCAGCUGGCGAUAAUAUGCGUGGAUCGGCGAAGGGAAUGGGCUGUCUGCGGUCCUCCGAGGAGAAGCAGCGUGGAUUAAACGCGAAUUAAUGUGGACUUUAUCGGACCUGAAAGUGGAACCGAAACGGACACAGCGUUUCCUUGUCAGGGACUGACUGAUCAUGGUCGCCGUGGUCAGCUCUCUCAUGGUACUGCUGCUUGCUCAGGUGUUGAUGGAAGGUACGACGGGACUCAUUCCCGAGGAGGGCCGGAGGAAAUACAGCGAAUCCGGGAAGCAGACGCCGGAGAGGUCGGAGAACUUCCUUAGAGACUUUGAGCUUCGGCUUCUCAACAUGUUUGGACUGAGAACGAGGCCGACACCGGGAAAGGACGCGGUGGUGCCUCAAUACAUGGUGGACCUAUAUCGCAUGCAUUCAGCGAACGGGGACCACAGCAGCAAACGGCCCAAGAGCAUGGGGAAACACGCCGAGAGAGCCGCCAGCAAGGCCAACACGAUUAGAAGCUUUCACCAUGAAGAGGCUAAAGAGGCACUGGCCAGCUUGAAGGGCAAAACAACCCAGCAGUUCUACUUCAAUCUCUCGUCUAUUCCCGAAGAGGAGCUCAUCACGUCUGCAGAGCUACGCAUCUACAGGGAUCAGGUCAUGGGAACCGCACCUCCCAAGUCUAAAAACAACAGCACUAUUAGCAGUGCUACAACUGGCGGUAUUCACCGCAUCAACAUUUUUGAGUUAUUCGGGGACCCUGCACAUCAUGGUGGGGAACCCCUGGCUCGCCUGCUUGACACGCGGCUAGUUCAAGACUCUCUGAGCCGAUGGGAGAGCUUUGAUGUUAGCCCUGCUGUAUCUCAGUGGACCUCAGGAAAAGGCCACAACCACGGCUUCAUGGUAGAGGUGCAUCACCCGGAAGAGGCCAACGGAGCGCAGGCCCACAAACGAAGCAGGCAUGUGAGGGUUAGCCGCUCAUUGCACCAAGACCAGGACUCUUGGCCUCAGGCUCGGCCUCUCCUGGUGACUUAUGGACACGAUGGCCGUGGGGACUCAGUGCUCCACACGCGAGAAAAACGCCAGGCAGCACUCCGCAAACAGCGCAGGAAGCAUCACCACAAAGCCAGUUGCAAGAGACAUGAAUUAUAUGUUGACUUCAGUGACGUGGGGUGGAAUGAGUGGAUAGUUGCACCCCCUGGGUACCACGCCUUUUACUGCCAAGGGGAAUGCCCGUUCCCCCUAGCAGACCACCUCAAUUCCACCAACCAUGCCAUCGUGCAGACACUCGUCAACUCAGUGAACUCAAACAUCCCACGAGCCUGUUGCGUCCCCACUGACCUCAGCCCCAUCUCUCUACUUUAUCUGGAUGAAUACGAGAAGGUCAUCCUCAAAAACUAUCAGGACAUGGUGGUGGAAGGUUGUGGCUGCCGCUAAGAAACAGACCUAUGUGUGCAAAGACAACCAGCAGAGAUGGACUCCAAGAGGUUUUUAUGGACACCCGGUUUCCCAAUGAAGAUGUUUAUUUAUAUAAAAGAAAAACAAAAAGAGCUAUUGUGGAAAAAAUAUAUAUGAAUAUAUUUAUGUCUACGUUAAAGUUGGGAAAAUAAAUAUUUUAAUCAGAGGAAUAUUCCUUUACUGGUUUUGAAAAUGUAUUUCUGAUGUACAUUUUGAAAUGGGUGCAAUACCACAUGAAGUAUAAUGCUCAGAUUUUUAUUUUGUAUUUAUUUCUAUUAUAACCACUUUAUUUGUUAAUAAAUAAUG